AUGAUAUGAAUGUAAUGUACAUACUUUUAAACCAGUGGAGGGGUGAUUUAACCUUAAACUUUGACGGGAUAAUGUUCGUUGAUUGUUUAUAAUAGAAAUAAAUUACAGUAACAACGGUUUGAAUUGCCGUACGGGUCGUUGUUUAUAUGUUAGAUCCGGGAGCCAAAGUACAACUGUAUGCAAUACAUGCUUCAGGCGCUACUUUUUGAUUCAGAAGAGUACCGUUUUUAACUACUAACUUUUAACAUAAUAAUUAAUCAGACUCGUAAGAAGUGGUGAUUUUCUGUGAACAUGAGUCUCAGGACAUUGUUUCAUUUUGCUGUAGCAGCACAUUACUGGUUUGGUUGCUGGUACGACUGGAACUAUGUGGUCAUUCCAAAACGUGUCCAUAAUAUGGGAGAGUCCUUUGGAUUUAGUGGAAAAUUCAAGUUCCUCACCUACUGGAAUGCGUGCCUCCAAUCGAUGUUCUUCACGAUAUGUUUCCUGAAUGAUAUAAUUGGUACAAAUGAAAACAUUCCCAAGAAGACACCGUGGAUAAGGAAACUGAAGGAUACGAUAUUGUGCACUUUGGCGUUUCCUAUUUCCAUGUUCGUCGGACUUUCGUUUUGGGGUAUUUACUUGCUCGAUCGAGAGUUGAUUUUUCCCAAGGCGAUAAGUCCAUAUUUCCCGCAUUGGCUCAAUCAUCUUAUGCAUACGCACAUCAUGGUCACUAUUCUCAUCGAGAUGUGCCUCUCGUGUUGUAGGUAUCCUUCUCGCAAACGAGGCCUUACGAUCCUAUCCACGGUGAUGGUUUCCUACCUGAUAUGGCUGUUAGUGAUAUACUACUACAAUGGUUUCUGGGUGUAUCCUGUUUUGACCGUGUUGAACGUUCCGCUCAAGGCUGUGUUCUUCCUAGGAAACCUAGGAAUAUCCGUAAUGCUUUACAUACUAGGUGAAAAAAUCAAUAACGCAUUGUGGGAUAACACUUUCAAGAAUGCCAAGAAAGCGUAAGAUAGUGCGUGUGGUUAUAGUUGUUUUGUUAGUGAUCCCGGAAAAUUUGGAAGCUUCUUGAUUAGGCAAUAACCCUUUUCACAUUUAUUGCUAGUAGUGCCUUGAUUGCGAAUGGAAAUGUGGAUUCUAGCAAAUUGAACAGUAGAACGUUAUGUUUACAUAAAAAUCAUAUAAGUAGUUCUUUUUUGUGUCAUUUCUGUGCUUCCAUCUUUUCCAGCAAAUUUGUGUAAAUAGCUGUUACAGUCAACUGUUUGACUGAUGUAGAGUAUAAAUUGUUCAAAACAGUGAAUCGGGUGAUUUUGAAAGUCAAAUGGUAUGCAACUUAUUCGCACUUUAAAUCACAGAUACGUGACAUUAAACAUAUGAAAAAUGUAAAAUAGUGAAGGAAGUUACUAAUGUUGCGAUGAAUGUUAGAUUAGCUUUUCAAGAGAAUUCCACUGUAAAAUAUAUUUAUGAUUUAAUGUUCAUUAGUUACCAGUAGAUAAUAGGUGUUAUUUUUAAUAAUAAUUUACGACAAUAUAGUUUUUCAAACUACACCCAAGUGCGCCUAAUAUAUAAAGUAAUAAUAAUAUCCCAUUGGCGUUCAAUGUCUAAAUAGUCAAAAUGUUUGACAAAAUGGGGGGUGUUCCAAAAUAAACGCAAGUAUUGAAUUAAAUAGAAAACACGCACAGGUUGAGGCAGUGGCGUAGCUACCUAGGGUGGCACCCGGUGCGGAAGUUGGUGUCGUCUCAUCGAAAGUCAAAAGCAAUAAAUUUUAUAUGAUUUAUAAAUGUCGUGGAUCAUUUAAUAUUUAUAAUUAAAAUAUGGAACAAAUAACAAAACACAAUAAAAACAUAGACAGAAAACUAUUUUUAUCUUACAAUUAAAACCUCUUCUUUCUACCUCAACUCAGAAAUAACUUCAUUAAAAUUUAUAUUUUGUGUUGCUUCGUGUUCGCUGGCAAAUAUACCAACAUUGCUAAACCGUGAUUGGGUCAUUGUUGCCCGCAAAUAAUUUUCAUUAAUCUUAACUGAAACUCCUUUCACGGGAAGCUACGGACACGCAAACUGACACGAACAAUUUUAGUGCAAUCAUAAGAUUUGGAAGAGCUUCUGUAAAAUCCCAUUCUAUAAUAAACUUUAAAAAAUUUAGAGAUACCCAAUCGGAAACUGUAACAUUAGCGGCUUUUAAGUGUCUUUGCAGUCUUGGUAUCUCCAAAAGUAAUUCUGUUUCAUCAUAAAAAUCACCAAAAGCAAAGUAUUUGUUUGUACGAUCUCGAACAAUGAAGCUAGGUCUUGAAGAGAUUUCGAUCUUGUCUGGCGUUCAACUCUGAAAAAGCUGAGUGACCGGGUCGCUGCCCCCCUUGCUACGCCACUGGGUUGAGAUUACCUUAGAGCUGGCCUUAGCAAGGCAGUACAACCAAGCAUUGGUAAUCCAGUUAUCUCCAAUACAAGUGAUCAGUGCAAUGUUAACCUGCUGUAACGUGCGCUUUUGGUUUGCCAUCUCCAUAGUGCGUAAUUAUUUGUCGCGUUUGAUGUGCUAAUAUGUAAUAUCAUGUUAUCAAGUACGCAAAAAGGAAAACCCUUAUUUCUUGCGUUACCUGUUGGAUGUAGUCGCAAUUAUUUUCCAGUGAAUGUAUAUAAGAGUUAUUGUAGGAGUAGAUUUUUGCACAAAACAUUAAGUAAACACAGUGCCAUUGUCUCUACAAUUUAUCACAUUUUCCUCCCAAAAUACACAUUCCAAAAAGAAACAUUAUGCAAGCAUGUUCAAAUUAAAAUGAAGAAGUUUCAAAUUUUAAUUUACCACUGACACUGGUGAUCUGUUAGUAACUUAACUCGUAUUCAUGAAAUAAAGCAAUAAAACAAUAAGGCUUGUGUGUUAUUUAUGAUGAAAUGUUUAAAUACAAGCAUAUAAAAACUUAGUAUAGAUGCUUUUCUAUGUAAAUGCAUGGUGUCCCAAGAAGAAUGGAAUGCAAAAUAUACUAUUCUGAAGCGCUUUCCGACCACAUUAAUUAUUAUUAUGUACAGUGCUUUUCAAAUAGUUCUCCCCUUAUUUUUUUUUUGAACCCAGUGAACAUAGUGACGUUAUGUCGCCAUUUUUAGUGAACUACUGACGUACGCUGACCAACAAAAAUGACGUCGCUAUAUGACUUAUGCUAUGUCGUAUAAAAGACCAAAUACAAAGUGUAUAUGACGUACAGUCGCUGUCAAAAAUAAUCGCGCGGUCUAUCCAAAUACUCCUGAAAAAUUGAGGAUGUGACGACGACGCCCCUAAAGCAGUGAGAUCAGGACUCUUUAACCCUCUCGUUUCGAGAUGACGUUAUCACCUCCGCAAUUUUUCAGGAGCAUUUGUGCAAAGUGUAUCGAAAUGGUUAAUAAAGAACUAAAAAAGGGCGUUUGAUCUCAAACACGUUCCACUCCUCUUUUGGUUCAGAAUUUGUUUGUACCAGUUUAUCCAAAUCGCUUUGCUUUUUAACAGGAAGCCUGAACAUUUGUUUCCUGGAGGACACCGCCAAACACAAUCGCGCUUCUUCACUGAUGAUACCGUUCCAAAAUUUGAAUUUUUACCACGCUUGAUUACAAAUAUUCUAGUAAAACUUAUUUAUUGUUUAUACAAGGGGGUUUCUAAUAAUUUUUUUAUUCGCGCGAAUAUAACAUGAUGCAAAAUGGCAAUUUGAAAUAUUUUAAUAUGAAAUAUUAUUAUUAGAAAAGUCACAUUUUUGGUAGAAGUAUCUCUGAUACUUUUUUAUAAAUAACAAAGUACUCAGUAUUUGGAUACUAGUUCAUUAAAAGUCUAUAGUUGUAAGUGUUGAUUUUUCAGUAAUGAAUGUUCUUAAAAUAAAUGACCGAAUAAUGACGGCAUCAUGUUCACUGGGAAGUUAGCAAGCUGAAAUUCGGGGUGACCAAAUUGAUGCGUGAAUAACCAAAAAUAAGAACGAUUUCUAAAUGGUGGCUAAACGCCACCUUGGAGCGUUUUUUCAAAUACAAUGGGGGUCAUAUGACACCUCAUCCGAAAGCCCCUAAUUAGUGUAUGACUCUAGAAUAUGAAAUCAAUCUAUUCUUUUGGAAGGGACUAUCUGAACGUCCAAUAAAUCAAGAGAUAUUACGUUUUACAAAGAUGACAGGUUUUGUAAAUUUUAACUGGCUUGAUCCAAAUUAGGACAGAUCCUUCCAAGAUUGAUAUAGCAUUCUGAUGAUUAAUUGCAGAGUUAUAAGCGGUUCAACAUACAAAAAUGAACAGAAUCAACGUUGACAGCCCGCUAGUCCACCAUUUUGACAAAGGGCGUCCAGGUGGUCGUCGUGACGCCCCUUUUGGGCGAAUCGAGAUUUAUCACUAAUAUGUAGUAGUAGUAGUAGAAAGAUUUAUUUAGCACAUUUGGCUACAUAAACAGAAUAAUUGUAAACAACUUAGAACUAGUAAAAUCAAGCCAUAUGGUGUAUGAUGUAAAUGCUGGGCAACCUAUAAUUGUAGAUUUAACAAGUGAUUUCUCAAUUUCACUUUGAAUUUUGUCAAAGUUUUCUGGUCUUUUAUCUCCGAGUAUAAUUUAUUAUAUUCAAUCAACCCUUGAUGGAAUACAGAUUUGUAGCAUAUGUUAUACUUUUUGGUCAUUAAAUGGAAGUCAUCUUUAUUUCUGGUAUUAUGUAAAUGAUGGUCGACAUUUGAUGAUGUUAAAUUAGUUAGACUUGAUGGAUAUAUAUUAUUUUUUACUUUAUAAAUGAAUAUCAUUACAAGAUAUUUGAUAAAAUUUUUUACAUUGAGCCAUUUUAAUUUGCUAAGCAUUUGCCUAAUUGGAGUAUAUUUAUCUUUAUUUAGUAUUAUUCUCAUGCACUUAUUUUGUAAAAUUUGCAGUCUUUCAAAAAUGGAAUUAUUUGCUAAAUAUAGAAUAGUCGAACAGUACAAGAAAUUUGGAAGAAUGAUGGUAUUAUAGAUAAUUUUUCUGCUAUAUGAACUCAGACAUCCAGAAACUCUCGAUAGAUAUCCCACUUUACUACUAAUCUUAUUUAUAACUUUUUCAUAAUGAAUAUCAAAAAUUAAUCGAGAGUCAACAAAAACCCCCAGGUAUUUAAAAUUUUCUACGAAUUCAAUAUCUUCACCAUCAAUAUUCAGUUGAACAUUUGUACAUUGUUUUUUUCCGAUUAACAAGGCUUUCGUUUUACUUGCAUUUAAUUUUAGUCUGUUAGAUGCUAACCAUUUUGAGACAAGCUUCAAGUCUUCAUUUAUAUAAGAGAUACCAGACUGAAUAUUUUUAGUACUUAUAUAAAUCAUAGUGUCAUCGGCGAAAAUCUGAAUUUUGCAUUUUUUGACUAUGGCAGGUAAAUCAUUUAUAUAUAAAAUAAAAAGAAGUGGUCCCAGGAUACUGCCCCGUGGAACACCCAACGUAUUUUCAAUUUUUGAUGAAAUAGUGUCAUUAACUUUUGUAACUUGCAUCCUUUUAGACAAAUAAUUUCUAAACCAAUCUAAAACACUUCCUGUUAUACCAUAUGCCUUCAAUUUACCUAACAAAAUAUCUCUAUCAAUCGUUUCAAAUGCCCUCUUCAAAUCCAAAAAUACUGCUAUGACAACUUCUUCUGAGUCUAUGGCUCUUCUCCAAUUCUCAGUUACCAACUGGAAAGCUGUUUCUGUGGAAUAUUUUUUUCGAAAGCCUGCUUGCGCCUCCACUAAAAUUUUGUUUUCUUCUAUAAACUGCAUUAAUUGGUCAUGCACUAUGUUUUGCUCUUCAAAUGUCAAUCGACGCACGAUUACCCAUUCCAUUUAAAAAAUGUUCCAAGAUGGUGCCUAGUCGACAUCUUGGAAUGUUCAACUAUUAUUUUUACGUCCAAAUCAAUUUAAUCAAUCCGGAUUUGAACUUGAUAUCUUGACCCUUACCAAAAUAAGUAUAAAAGGGGUAUUUUUGAAAAGUACUGUAUAUUGGAUAUUUGACUGUCCAAACCAUAUGCACUUAAAGCCAAAUACCAGCACUGACGUCGUAAUGUGCUAUAUGUGUAUUAAAGAAAGUUCGUCGUUGGCUUCCGUGACCUCGUACUCGGAUUGCUAGGCAACGAAGUGCUUCUGUCUCUUUCUAUAUUACGACGUCAGCCAAAUUUGAAUCUAGCCGUAUACCAUCCUAAGUUUUUAUAGAUUAUGGAUGGUGUUGGCUUAAACCUUCAUUGAGGCGCCAUGUAUCUAAUUGGUAUAAUCUUGCGAGUGCAGAAACCCUUAUUUUGAACACCAAUCGGUUGGGUUUGUAUUUGUUAUACUUAGAUGGUCAAACAAUCAGAACAUCUCGCAAUAAAAACCUAAAAUUAGUGGACUAUACUUGUGUUUUAUUUUAGAUAUACAGUGAUAACAUAACUCAUUACAUAGAUUUGCACUCUGUAUCUUGCUGGCUAUCUUCUAUUGUUAACUACCAUCUCUGAGAGAAGUGGGAUAUAUUAUGGGCUGUAUUUGUACAGAAAUGGGAAGUCGAAAUUUGCGGUAAAAUGUGAUGCUUGCACAGAAUAAAGAAAAAAAGCAAACUGCCAUCCCCCGGCCUUUUACAACGCCUCUAUGCAAAGUAGUGCGACGUUGCAUUGAAAUAAGACCUCAUAAAUUUUUGAUUUUUCCAUGUUUAUACAAAAUACGCCUGUUGGCGAAGCAGGCGUUUGAAGAAAAAAAUUGUAAAAUUUACGAAAAAGCUAUAGACAUACUGGUAAUCUGUAAGUGUUCACUUGCAGUUAAAAGGCCAGAAUGCUUCCCAAAUCGCUGAUAGUGCUAACAAAUCGAGGUAUACAGUUCGAGAUAUUAAAUUGUACAAAACAAAGGGAUCUGUUGCUCAAAACUCAGAACUGGAAGUCGGCCGCGUUAUUCCAAUACCAGCUCAAGAGCCUUAAAUGCAUUAUCAAAGAAAAUCGGCGUGCUAAUUAUAACGAAUUGAAAAUAUGGAAUCGGGCAACCCCAAAAAAGUUUGCAAGAGCAACUUAUCACAGAGCUGCCCAAAAACUGGGUUUUAAAACUUACAAGAAUUUCUAGGUAAAAGAGAAGCCCCUUCUGACAACGAUUCAGAAGAAAAAUAGACUAGCGUCAAUCCGGAUUUGAACUUGAUAUCUUGACCCUUACCAAAAUAAGUAUAAAAGGGGUAUUUUUGAAAAGUACUGUAUAUUGGAUAUUUGACUGUCCAAACCAUAUGCACUUAAAGCCAAAUACCAGCACUGACGUCGUAAUGUUCUAUAUGUGUAUUAAAAAAAGUUCGUCGUUGGCUUCCGUGACCUCGUACUCGGGUUGCUAGGCAACGAAGUGCUUCUGUCUCUUUCUAUAUUACGACGUCAGCCAAAUUUGAAUCUAGCCGUAUACCAUCCUAAGUUUUUAUAGAUUAUGGAUGGUGUUGGCUUAAACCUUCAUUGAGGCGCCAUGUAUCUAAUUGGUGUAAUCUUGCGAGUGCAGAAACCCUUAUUUUGAACACCAAUCGGUUGGGUUUGUAUUUGUUAUACUUAGAUGGUCAAACAAUCAGAACAUCUCGCAAUAAAAACCUAAAAUUAGUGGACUAUACUUGUGUUUUAUUUUAGAUAUACAGUGAUAACAUAACUCAU